UAUCCUCAUUCCCAUUUCUAUUUCAUUUUGAUACACUCAGGAAAAAACCAGAAGACUAGCUGCUUCUGUGCCAUAAUUUUCGGCACAAAACUAGCAAUACAAAUCAUGAGUAACAUCCUGAAGAUUAUUUCGUCUGUUCGAGAAAGACUGAGCUACUGAAUCACAUGGGAGCAUGAUUGAGUUGUCCACAGAAUAUUUGAUUUGAUUUGAGUGUACGCUUUUUGUGUACAGUGGUUGUUUCAUUCAGUAUAGUUAUUCAAAAUGGCAGCUGAAGGCGAUGCAGAACGAAAAGAAAAGCAUCCUCCGUGCAGUGAACAUUAGCAAAGUGUAAGCUGACAUAUGGAUGACGUGGUGAUGGUUCAUGGGCUUUCAGUGCCGUGUGGUCUGGGGACCACUGAAGAAAAGGUGGAAGCUUUAACAAGAUUGCCUGCCAGGAAGGAUGACAUCAUCUUCAUUGUGUCAUACCCCAGAUCAGUCCCAUUUGGUGUGGGGUUUGAUCACGUGCUAAGCUGGUGGAAACACAGAGACGAUCCUAACAUUUUGUUUCUUACGUACGAAGGCAGGAUUAAAAAUCCAGCAGAUGCUGGGGACAAGAUAGCCAAGUUCAUUGGUAAAGAAAUCUCUCCACAAACACUUGAUCUCAUUGACCAACAAACUUGAUUUGGCGCCAUGAAGAGCUCUGAGCACACGAAUUACAGUUGGUUUGAAUGAAUGAAGGGGGAUGGCUUUAUUAGAAAGGGACA